AUGCCUCGUCGGUCUUCCAAACAAAAUCGUAAUGGUGCUAAAAAUAGCACUGGUACAGAAUCCCUUCGUCUUGCUAUCAAAGAUUUUAGUGUUUAUGAUUAUUCACGUUCAUCAAAAGAUUCACCUCAAAAUAAUUUACGAGCAACAUCAAAAUUAACGCGUGAAGGUCGAACUUUAAUGGAUGAACAAGAUUGGUACGAAAAAGAUUUAAGUGAUUUUGAUGAUCCACAAUUGUCUGAUGAAGAACCUGAAGUUCACCAACCCAAUGUUCGAUCAAAACAAAAACAAUGUACAAAAAAAGAUCUAUCUACAAUAGUAAAUACUAAUGAUGGAAGAGAUUAUCCCCUUGAUUUAUGGUUUAUAAUUGCUAUGUAUAUAUCACCUGAAGAUAUUGGUAAAUUUUCAUUAAUUUGUCGAGCAUCAAAUCAUGUUGUAAAUACAGUUUAUUUUUGGAUACGUUUAUUUCGAAAACAUAAUAAAACAGAAGCAAAUAAAAUUGGUCGAAUACUUGUUCAUGAACAUUUAUCAAUAAUUCGUACACAUGUUAUCAAAUCAUUAUAUCAAAUUUAUCCAUUAUUUCAAAAUCGUUUAAAUAAAACUGAUGUUAUACAACAAGAUCCACAUUUUCUUCGUUUAUCACGAUGUGUACGUAUUUGGUAUUCAAAAGGAUCACAAACAACAACACAACGUGACGCAUAUAAUUAUUAUUUUGAAUUUCGUUUUGAUAAUACAAAAGAUUCAAAACAACAAUAUCAACAACAAAUUCAAAUUCAAGCUAUAUCACCAAUUAUUCAAACAAAUAAUCAAUAUAUUAUUAAUAAAGAUUGUUGUAUAUUACAUUUAAUUUGUUCAAAUUUUGUACCAAUUGGUCCAUAUAUGGGAAUGAUUUUAUCCCAAAUAACACUUAAUGUUAGUAGUGAUUAUCGAUAUCAUAAAUUAAAAAUGUGGUUUGAUUCAUCAAGAUUAUGUUUACAAACAUCAAAAAAAUAUAAUGAUUCAGUUGUUAUUAUUGAUCCAAUUUUAUGUUUAAGAGUCUAUAAUUGGUAUAAUAGUCCAGCGAGUUUUGAUUGA